GAAUACGAAAUCUCCAGCCAAUAGGAACGGCGGUGCCGUAGCCGGAGGUUGGCGUCCCCCUGCUGAGGUGAUCUGGCGCAGAGCGGAGGAGGUGCUUGGCGGUUGCUCCUGCACAUCCCCUUUUCUUGCGGCCGCCGGGCGGUCGGCCGUGCUCCUGUGGCCUCCAGUGAAAUGUGGAUGACGCCCAAGAGGAGCAAAAUGGAAGUCGACGAGUCUCGCGUUUUCCGGCCUGAGUGGACCCAGCGUUACUUGGUGGUGGAGCCUCCGGAGGGCGAAGGGGCCCUCUGCCUGGUCUGUCGCCGCCUCGUUGUAGCCACCCGGGAACGCGACGUCAGGCGCCACUACGAGGCCGAGCACGACUACUACGAGCGGUAUGUGGCGGAGGGCGAGCGCGCGGCCCUGGUGGAGCGUCUGCGUCAGGGCGACUUGCCGGUGGUCGCCCCGCUCACUCCCGAGGAGAGAGCCGCUCGUGCAGGCCUGGGGCUCGCCCGCCUCUUGGCCUUGAAGGGUCGCGGCUGGGGCGAGGGCGACUUUGUAUACCGGUGUAUGGAGGUGAUGCUGAGAGAUGUGCUGCCCGAGCACGUGAGCGUUCUGGAUGGCAUUGAUUUAUCUCCAGAGCUCACACGGCAGAGGGUCCUGAACAUUAACAACGAUCUACGCAGUCAGCUCUUUAACCGAGCUAAGGACUUUAAAGCCUAUUCCCUUGCCUUGGACGACCAGGCUUUUGUGGCCUAUGAGAACUACCUCCUGGUCUUUGUCCGCGGCGUGGGCCAGGACUUGGAGGUGCAAGAAGAGCUUCUGACCAUAAUCAACCUGACUCAUCACUUCAGUGUUGGUGCCCUGAUGGCGGCAAUCCUUGAGGCCCUACAGACGGCAGGGCUUAGCUUGCAGCGAAUGGUUGGACUAACCACGACCCACACUCUGAGGAUGAUUGGUGAGAACUCAGGACUGGUGUCAUACAUGAGAGAGAAGGCUGUAAGCCCCAACUGUUGGAAUGUUAUCCAUUAUUCAGGAUUUCUUCACUUGGAACUGUUGAGCUCCUACGAUGUGGAUGUUAAUCAGAUCAUAAAUACCGUAUCUGAAUGGAUCGUUUUGAUUAAGACCAGAGGCGUUAGGCGACCCGAAUUUCAGGCUUUACUAACUGAAUCUGAGUCAGAGCAUGGUGAAAGGGUUAAUGGACGAUGUCUGAACAAUUGGCUUAGAAGAGGGAAAACUUUAAAACUAAUAUUUUCCCUAAGAAAAGAGAUAGAAACGUUCUUGGUGUCAAUAGGGGCAACAACGAUCCAUUUCGCAGACAAGCAAUGGCUUUGUGACUUUGGCUUCUUGGUGGAUAUUAUGGACCACCUUCGAGAACUCAGUGAACUAUUGAGAGUUAGUAAAGUCUUUGCUGCUGCUGCCUUUGACCAUAUUUGUACCUUUGAAGUUAAACUGAAUUUACUUCAGAGACAUAUUGAGGAAAAAGAUCUAACACAUUUUGCUGCCUUGAGAGAGGUUGUUGAUGAGCUUAAACAGCAUCUUAAAGAAGAUCAAGAAAUAUUUGAUUCUGGAAGAUAUCAAGUGGUGAUCUGUCGCCUACAAAAAGAAUUUGAGAGACAUUUCAAGGACCUCAGGUUCAUUAAAAAGGACUUAGAACUUUUUGCAAAUCCAUUUAACUUUAAACCUGAAUAUGCCCCUAUUUCGGUAAGGGUGGAGCUAACAAAACUUCAGGCAAAUACAAACCUUUGGAAUGAGUACAGAAUCAAAGACUUGGGGCAGUUCUACGCUGGAUUGUCUGCUGAAUCUUACCCGAUUAUCAAAGGGGUUGCCUGUAAGGUGGCAUCCUUGUUUGAUAGUAGUGAAAUCUGCGAAAAAGCUUUUUCAUAUUUGACUCAAAAUCAACACACUUUGAGCCAGCCAUUGACAGACGAGCAUCUCCACGCCCUGUUUAGGAUUGCCACAACUGAAAUAGAGCCGCACUGGGAUGAUCUUGUGAGAGGAAGAAAUGAAUCUAAUCCAUAAGCCUUUGUAGUACAACGUUGAAACACUCAACAAGAAUCCAAUUCUAAAAAAAAAAAUUUGUUUGAUUUUUCAAGUUUACUAAUUUGGAUUGUGGGAAAGCAGCAAGUUUAUUCAUCCAAAUUGAUCACGAUUCAGAUUCUUCUGACAGAUGUUUUUUUUUCAUCUCAAAAGGCAGCAUGGGACUGAAACAUGCGAACACCUUUUUUAAAACUUAAUGACAAAGUCAUUGUCUUUUGGUUUUGUGAUAUGACUGUUUUUAAAGAUGUUUAGUACUGGUGAUGUGAGUUGAAUUAGGAGUCUGUUUUUAAGGCGUUUCAAAGAAAUUUUAGCUCUUAUUUUAACAAAGUUAAAAUUCUGAUGCAUAUAAUCUGAAAUUAUCAACUCCUUAAAUGUAUAUUUGAGCCAAUUUGCAGAAACUCACAUAGCAAGUUUAGAAGUUUCUGAAAAGGAAGAACGUACAUACAGUGGAGGUAUUUUGUCUAUCAAAAUGUUUAAGACUUUUUUUUUUAAAUAUAUUUCUGAAUCUGAAGUAAAUAUUCACAAAUUCCUACCCCCGCAUGUCCCCCCACCCACCCCAGCAAUAAUGAUAUUACUACUAGAGGAAAUAAUCAAAUAAAAUUUUAGUCAGACGAGCAAGAAUUAUUUUUAAAUUGCUGGUUUAGGCGGCUUCCUGCAGUUUGGAGAUGAGACUAACCAGUUAUUGGAGGGUCCCCUGUAUUUUUCACAGUUGGGUGCUGUUAUAUCAGCUUGCCUAUGAAGGGACUACGGGCAGACUUCCAAAGGAACCUGGAUGAAAAAGAUUGGACAACUGUUUAGUGGACUAAAACAAUACUUCAGUAAUUAAAAAGUUACAUUCAGUAUUGGAAAAAGAUAAUGCUGCUUAAGAGUUAAUAUCCAUUUUUUUUUUGUAAGCUCAAUCCUAGGAGAAAACUGUUUACUGGCUGCUUUCCUUUACAGAUGGUUUCUGGCUCUUCUGGGAUUUAAAAGUAAGUAAAUUUAAAAAAUAUUAGAAGAAUGACUCGGUCAGCCCUUCUGGUCACUAGAUAUUCAGUUCACUUGCUUUCCUACCUGCAGAAUGUCCUCAUCACCUCCCCAAGGAAGAUGACCCAAAAGGGACAUCUAGUCAAUGUGUGCUUCUUAGAUUUGCUAUAUUUCUUUGCUUUCUUGUUCGCAUGCCUCUCUGAAUUUAAUUUCUGGGUAACUAGGGCUUUCAGGCUUCAUGGAGGAGCCAUACACUUAGUCUCAUUUUCCUUGAGCCAUUUUGUCCAAUUUGUGGGAUUACCAGUGUUACACUCUCAGUUGGCCUUUUAGUCAGAGACACGUUAAUUCAUUCAGAGAUCUUAACAGUAGGUGUACUAGUCAUCCAGUGAUUUGAUCCUUGCUGCAAAACUGGGUUUUAAUCAACCUUAGGAUUAAAGGAUUUCUCACUUUAUCUUUUUGUAAUUGAGAAGUGGCGUCAUCCCACUCAAUAAGUACUUGAAUUUUUGAAUUCUGUCUCCUCCCUUGCAUUUCUGCUUGCAAAUUGAUGAAUUAUUCUCUGAGUUCAUCUCUUUCUUUUACAUUUUGUCAAAUGCAGCCAACGGGAACUAUAAAAUAUUUUGUUUUCUUGUCUUUUUUUUUUUUUUUUAAUAAAGGAUAGAUUCUCUACCUUCCAGAUUUUCUCAAGGGACAGUUUCACAACUCCAUAACAUGAAUUGCCCCUGCAUAAAUUAUUUCUUCCAUCCUUCACUAGCAGUUUCCUGAAUGCCUGCCAACUAAGCCAAUGUUCAGUAUGUCGGUGUUUUGAAAACAACCAAUUUCUCUAUCAGGAUGGGCUAGGUUGCCAUGCGGUAACAACCACAAAAUCUCAGCGUCGCACACAACUUUUCUCUUACAACUUAGCUAGGGACUUUGCUCUAGGCCAAGGGUUAACAAACUGGCCCACAGGCAAAAUCUGUCCUGCUGCCUGUUUCUGUAAAUAAAGUUUUAAUUAGAAGACAACCUUGCUCAUUUAUUUAUGUAUUGUCUGGUUGAUUUUGCUCUAUAAUGGCAGAGUUGAGUGACAGAGAGUGUAUGGCCCACAAAGUCUAAAAGUAUGACAAAUCACUUAUAGGCCCUUAAAGCACUUUCAUUGGCCAAAGCAAAUCACAUGGCCACACCAAAGUUCAAGGAGGAGUGUAAUCCUUCCACGUGCCUCGGAGGAAAACCAGAAAUAUUUGGAAGACAACUCUCCUGAUUAACACAUGGUUAUAUCUCUCCAUUAAUAUUUCUUUCAAAAUAUUUUUUUUAUUGAGGUAAAACAUUUCAGUAAAGUGUGUAAAUAUUAAGUGUAUGCCUCAGUGGGUUUUUAUAAUACGCCCUUGAAUCCAUCACCCAGAUCAAGAUAUUGAACGUUUCUAGCACCCCAAUAGGUGACCUGUGUCCCUCCUCCACACAGAUAACCACUAUUCUGACCUUGAUCACCAUGAAUUACUUUUGUCUGUUUUAAAACUUCAUGUAAAUGUAAUAAUUAUAUGUACUCUUGUGUCUUUUGUUUAACACUAUGUGUAUGAGUCCGUAUUCUUGCAUGUAGCCACAGUUCGAUUUUUACUUCUUUGUAGUAUUCCAUUGUAUGACUAUACCACAAUUUAUGAAUCCAUUCUUCUGUUGAUGGAAAUUUUGGUUGUUUCUAGUUUGUGGUUAUUAUAAAUAAAGUUGCUAUGGACA